AUGAGCCCGAUCACCAACCUCGAAGACGAUCUCCUGGCAGAUAUUCUGAUUCGGCUCCCAAACCCCAGACACGCCGGCCGAUGUAAAUCCGUCUGCAAGCGGUGGAUCUCUUUGAUCUCCAGUCGCUACUUCAAUCGCCGAUUCGUUUCACACCACCAGAGCAGGUACCAACCUCUGUUAUUCAGCAAUCUAGACUCGCAAUCGGUCAUCCAGAGCUUUCUCCCGGCAAUGCCUGCUGAUGAAGAAGUUGGCCGGCGUUUCUUCGUUUGUGAUUCUUUCAAAGACUUGGUCUUGUGCGGGUUUACGGAUCCAGGGUUUUGUAAUGACGAAUUGGGCAGAACGUAUAUUGUUCUGCAAUCCGUUUACGAAGCAAUGGGUUGCGCUUCCUUUGGCGCAUGA